AUGAACGGUGACACCUACUCUUCCAGAGAUACUGGACGUUCGCGCGAUCACUUCCGCGACGAGCGACGAGAUCGAGACCGGGCCGACCGACCCGACCGACCUGAACGCGGAGAUCGAGGCGAGAGAAGACGUUCUCGUUCCCCUCACCAUGGAGCGCGAGGUGACUCGCGUCGGGAACGCGAGGUGAACUCUUACUCGACUAGUCGCGACUACCGUGCCCGCGAGCGCGAAGAUCGCUACUCUGGCCGACGUGACGAGCGGGAAUGGGAUCGCGGUGAGCGUGGAGGUGAUCGUGGAGAGCGUGGAGGUGACCGCGGUGGUGACCGCCGACGCCGUGACUUUGAUGACAGACCUCGUCGAGACUUGUUCGAGGACCGUCGAGGUGGCGGCGGUGGCCGUGGUGGUGACAGGGGCGAGCGCGGAGGUGGAGGCGGUGAUCGCGGAGACCGAGGUGAUCGUGAUAGACGGGAGCGCAAGCGCAGUGCUACGCCCCCACGCCGCAAGGAGCCUACUCCCGACCUGACAGACGUGCCUUCGGUAUUGGUUCGCCAGCGUCGUUUGACUCAAUGGGACAUGAAGCCUCCCGGAUAUGAGAAUGUCACUGCUGAGCAAGCAAAGAUCUCAGGAAUGUUCCCUCUUCCCGGAGCUCCUCGUCAGCAACCGAUGGAUCCCAGCCGUAUGAAGGAUUUCCUGAACCCUCCCACCGGUGAAACCGAAAAUGCUGCUCUCAAGCCCUCCAACUCCCGUCAGUCCAAGCGUCUGUUCGCUUACAACCUUCCGACUGGUGCCACCAGCGGUGCCAUCAUCGCUUUCUUCAACCUUCAGUUGAAUGGUCUCAAUGUGAUCCAGAGCACCGACCCCUGUAUUUCAGCCCAAGUUUCACAAGACAAGUCAUUUGCCCUGCUCGAGUUCAAGGAUGCAAAUGACACGACCGUUGCCUUGGGUUUCGAUGGUAUCACCAUGACCAGGGACUCAGAGAAGGGACUCGAAGUGCGCCGACCCAAGGACUACAUUGUUCCCAAUGGCAGUGCAGACCAGCAGGUCCAGGAGGGUGUGGUACUGAGCGAGGUACCCGACUCGCCCAACAAGAUCUGUGUCUCUAAUAUCCCCACCUACAUCCCUGAGGAGCCUGUCACAAUGCUGCUCAAGUCGUUCGGCGAGCUAAAGUCGUUUGUUCUGGUUAAGGAUGCUGCCACAGAAGAGUCUCGGGGAAUUGCAUUCUGUGAAUACGCCGACCCGGCUGCCACCCCUAUAGCCGUUGAAGGUCUCAACGGCAUGGAGCUUGGUGACCGCCACUUGAAGGUUGUGCGCGCCAGUAUUGGAACCACCCAAGCUUCCGGCCUCGACAUGGGCGUCAACGCCAUGCAGAUGUUCGCCAAGACCACCUCUCAGGAUAUGGAGACCACUCGUGUCUUGCAACUCCUCAACAUGGUCACCCUUGACGAGCUUCUUAACGACGAAGAUUACGAAGAAAUUCUGGAAGAUGUUGGCGAGGAAUGUGCUAAGUUCGGCCCAAUCCUUGCCAUGAAGGUGCCCCGCCGUGGCCACGGUGCUGGGAAGAUCUACAUCAAGUACGAAAACACCGAGUCGGCUUCCACUGCGCUCAAGGCGUUGGCUGGACGAAAGUUCUCAGACCGUACAGUUGUUGCCUCGUACUUCGGGGAAGAGAACUUUGAUACCGAGGCCUGGUAA